AUGCCUGUCUUUCAAUCAAAAACCUUUCGCCGUACGACUACCGGGUCCUCGACCCUCGGGGAGCGACUCGGCGCAUUCUAUCGGGCCAAAUUAAUGCGACACCCGUUCAUUCUCUUUGGACUCCCAUUCAUUAGUGUCAUUGUAGCUGGAUCGUUUGCCUUGACACCUGCGGCUGCCCUCCGCUAUGAACGCUACGACCGCAAGGUCAAGCAACUCAGUCAAGAUGAAGCAUUUGACCUUGGACUCAAGGGCCCUGACGGGCAAGAAGGAAUCAAACGGAACCCGCGGAGACGGAUUGUAGGGGAUGAGAAGGAAGAAUACUACAGACUCAUGGCCAAAGACCUUGAUCAAUGGGAGCAGAAGCGAGUGGAGCGUUUCAAGGGCGAACCAGAUGGACGAUUGUAA